CCCCCUUUUGUGUUCUUCACCUUAUUAAAGAAAGCGCGAAGCAGAAAACCCUAAAACCCCAAUCGAGGAAUAGAGAGAGAGAGAGAGAGGCAGAUCCAAGUCUACAGUUUCGCAGUUCUUUGCUUGAGAAGAUGAUUAUCCCUGUACGAUGCUUUACAUGCGGAAAGGUGAUUGGAAACAAGUGGGAUGCUUAUCUCGAUCUUCUCCAGCUUGACUACACUGAAGGGGACGCACUUGAUGCACUCAACCUAGUUAGAUACUGCUGCAGGCGUAUGCUAAUGACGCAUGUUGAUCUGAUUGAGAAGCUUCUCAACUACAACACUCUGGAGAAAUCAGACAACAGUUAGAAGAGCAUGAAAUCUGCUGAAAUUGUAUUCCUUCUUAGCAUAUCUAUGGGAACUCUGUGUUUUGGUGUAAAAACUUGAAUCGAUAUGGGUUUUGGAAGACGCUAGUGAAUUUGUCAUAUGUAUGUCAGUGACUCUCUGUGUGAUUCAGUGUUAUAAUUUUAUGAGCUGAAAGAAUUGUUUUCCUUUCGAGUAA